CUCCGAGAAUCCUCACUCAGAAGUCACUUCUUUUCAACUCCCGAGGUCUACCUCGCUAACGUACACUGGUGGAGGGUACAGUACGCACCCAACAACCCUCCACUGUCAAAGGAGAUCACAAGCAGCUUUAUCACCCACCCUCUCUCUCUCUCUCUCUCUCUCUCUCUCUCUCUCUCUCUCUCUCUCUCUCUACAUAUACUUAUCAGUAUCUACAUCUCUCUUUCAACCGUCUAGCUGAUUUGGCACUCACGAGUUGAAGUUUGUUUGACGCAAUCUAGGGUUUCCAGGAGUUGGAUGGUGAUUUGAUUUGUUAUCGUUUUAUUGCGUGGAUGGAUCCGCCGAUGAUGAUGAAUGGAGGUGGUUUUCGGUCAGGUAACACGGGGUCUUCGUUGUGUAAUUUGCCUGAGAUCUGGCCCUUUCAGAUAAAUCUAGGCGGUGGCGGUGGCAAUGCGGUGGCGUUCGGUAUGGGGCAAUUGGGGGAUAAUAGCGGUGGUAGCGGUGCUUUUGUGGAUAAUCGAGAUCAUGUAGCGGUGGAUGAUCCCAUGGUUGUAGACCAGAGAGGGAAUAGUAAUCAGAGUAAGAAACGACGUGAAGAUGAUGAUUCGUCUAAAGGCGUUUCAACUAGCAGCCGUAGCAAUGGCAAUAGCAUGCUUGAUAGUGAUGGCAAACGAUUGAAGAGUUUGGCGCUUGAAAACGAAUCAGAAUCUAAACCAAAACCAGAACCUGAAAGAAGCUCUGGAAAGAAAGCAGAAAACAGUGGAAAACCAUCUGAUCCAUCUAAACAAGAUUACAUUCAUGUUCGAGCAAGAAGGGGUCAAGCCACCGACAGCCAUAGUUUAGCAGAAAGAGCUAGAAGGGAGAAGAUAAGUGAAAGGAUGAAAAUUCUCCAAGAUCUUGUCCCUGGUUGUAAUAAGGUUAUUGGGAAAGCGCUUGUUCUUGAUGAAAUAAUCAAUUACAUCCAAUCAUUACAGCAACAAGUCGAGUUUUUAUCAAUGAAGCUUGAAGCUGUCACCUCAAGAUCACACCCAAGUCCCCAAGGAUUUACUUCAAAAGAUUUUGGUCAACAAACAUUCGAAAUGACAGGAGUACCCUUUGGUGCACAACCCACAAGGGAAUUUAGUAGGGGAUCAUCACCCGAAUGGUUGCACAUGCAAAUUGGUGGAAACUUUGAAAGAACAUCAUGAUUCAUGAUUCAUGAUUACACCAUAAUUCAACACUCGAUGGCAAUAAGAAGAUACACCAUGAAAUGAAAUUCAACAUAUAUAAUGAAAUUAUAUAUCUAUAUAUCUAUAUAUAAAUAUAUUUAUAUCCAUCUGAAUGUGUUAAGAAGUAUCAAGUAUGUAUGUACUAUUUGUUCUCAUACAUCUCGUAGUUGUAGUCUAUAUGCCCUUUUACUUGCAAACAAUAUCAUGAAAAUUGUUUGUUAA